UGCCGCGACCCGUUAGCAGAUCGGAGUAUGAUUUAGAUGAUGGCGGCCGGCGCGGCCCUAGCCUUGGCUCUGUGGCUACUAUUGCCGUCAGUGGGGGUGGGAGGGGCAGGACCCCCACCAAUCCAGGACGGCGAGUUCACAUUCCUGCUGCCUGCGGGGAGGAAGCAAUGUUUCUACCAGUCUGCUCCUGCCAACGCAAGCCUCGAGACCGAGUACCAGGUGAUCGGAGGUGCUGGGCUAGAUGUGGAUUUCACGCUGGAGAGCCCUCAGGGCGUGCUGCUGGUCAGUGAGUCCCGCAAGGCAGAUGGGGUGCACACGGUAGAACCCACGGAGGCUGGGGACUACAAGCUGUGCUUUGACAACUCCUUCAGCACAAUCUCCGAGAAGUUGGUGUUCUUCGAACUCAUCUUUGACAGCCUGCAGGAUGAUGAGGAGGUCGAAGGCUGGGCAGAGGUCGUGGAGCCUGAGGAGAUGCUGGAUGUCAAGAUGGAGGACAUCAAGGAGUCUAUUGAGACCAUGAGGACCCGUCUAGAGCGCAGCAUCCAGAUGCUGACACUGCUGCGAGCCUUUGAAGCACGUGACCGCAACCUGCAGGAGGGCAACCUGGAACGGGUCAACUUCUGGUCAGCUGUCAACGUGGCUGUGCUGCUGCUAGUGGCUGUGCUGCAGGUCUGCACACUGAAGCGCUUCUUUCAGGAUAAGCGCCCUGUGCCUACGUAGCCCCUGGCCCGGAAGGAAGAACAGGGAAAAGGAGUGACAGCAGGGUGCAUGUGUGUAAGACUUGGCGGGGAUCCCUUCACCAACUUAGUUCCUGUGGGAGAGGAGGCUGUACAUUCUGGGCAUGGGAUGUGGCCCCUGUGUGUCUUCCCUCUUAGGCCAGAACACUGGCUGGCUUGUAGGUCUGGGCCACCCAGCAGGGUGGCUCAGUGGCCUAGAAAUUGUGCACGAGGUGGGGAGGGCACUGCAGCAUUCGGAUGCAACCCUGGGAUCCCCGGCCCCGCCUCUGUCCCCUACUGUAAAUGUGCCUUAGCCUGAGCCUUCCGGCUGCAUCACCAUUGCCUGGUGCUGGAUGGGGCCCAGGAAGCAAGCGUUCCUUUCCCUUCCCCACUGGCCCUGUGAGCCAGGUAGGGGUAGAAGGAGGCUUGCUGCUCAUAGGACCCCAUGCCUCCCCUCCCCUCCCCUCCUUGUCACUCCACCUAGGCCCUGUUGCUGCUGCUGAGGGUGUUGCUCAUGCCAGGGGUUGGGAAGGAAACUCAGCUGCAGUGUUCUUGCCAGGAUAGUCACUUUAUUAACAGGAAGGAACUGGCCCCUUGGCCCAGCAGGGGCUAGAUGUGAGGUCCAGUAACAGAAUUCCAGGAGCGGAGCCUGCGAGACCACCUGCCCCUCCUGCUCCCCCUGCAGGGGCCCAAGGCAUUUUCGAGGGGAGGCCUGGCCAAAGCUUGCACAGGAGCCUCACGGAACAAAGGGCAGUCUGGCCUGGGGACCGGAGCCAAUAAAUUAUGGUCA